AUGUUUCGCCAGUCUUUGAUGGUACGAGAACAUUCAGAAAGUGGAGUUUAUUGUCAACUUCCUUCUCAAGUUUGAACUUAAUUCUCAGACUGUUUGAGUUGAUGGUGUUUUGGAACGUUUCCAAUUGGUCCUUCUUAACGGCAAUAAAUGCGUUGUCUACAUAUCACACCCACAACUUAGAGUUAACUAAUGAAACAGCCGUAGAUCAAAAUUUCUGCCUUUUCACCUCGGCAAGAAAGCAAGAGAUGGGCAUUCGCAUUGGAGCCCGUUUUGGUCGUUUGAGAGGAGCUGUGGUCGAAUGAAAAACUGGUUGCUAAAACAAGCUCAUGAGCUCAAGUAAGCCAACUGUGGGAACAUUCGCGUCGUAGGAUCUGAUGGUGUGGAUGAAAAUAGAGAAACAAUAAUGUUAUUCUGCCUACAUUACUAGUCGUCGUGCAACUGCUGGUGGGCUCCUAGAUCGAGCCACAAGGCAUAACUGGGUGAAUAUGUCACGUAACACGAUCGGUUUAUAGAAGCGAAAAGACGAGACCCAGGAAGCAGUCUUGAAGAAGAAGACACGAUCGCCGGGACAAGAGCUUUAUUGGCCUGACGUGAUGUUACAUCCCUUUUUACUUCUAUUCCCUAGGACCUGGCGAUCGAGACAAUCAAGCUGCUUCUGCAAAGCAAAUACGAUGAAACGGAGAAUCGUCUUGGACGCGCCCAAGUCCUUCAGCUCCUGAAGUUCUGUCUCAGGACGUACUUCACGUUCGACGGGACAAUCUACGAACAGGUGAAGGGCACACCAAUGGGUUCGCCGAUUUCGGGAUUCAUCGCCGAGGCGGUCCUGCAACGGUUAGAGUCGCUGGCCUUCCAACACCACAAACCGACGUUCUGGGCCCGGUAUGUGGAUGAUACCUUCGUCUUUAUCGAUCGGGAUCAACUGCUGACAUUCAAGGAACGUCUGAAUGCGGUCUUCCCGGACAUACAAUUUACGAUGGAGGAGGAAGAGAACAACCAGCUGGCCUUCCUGGAUGUCCUCGUAUGCCGCAAGGAUUGUGGUGGACUAAAGACCAAAGUGUUCAGGAAAGCGACAAAUACGAUGCAAGUACUGAACUUCAACAGUAACCACCCAAUCAGCCACAAACGCAGUUGUGUAAGGACGCUCUAUCGGCGUGUCGAAACACACUGCAGUGAGCCGGAAGACAAGAUUGCUGAACUACAAUACCUCCGACGGGUAUUCAAAGCCAAUGUCUACCUGAGCAACUUUGUCAGCCGGUGCAUACGCAAAAUGGACGAAAGGCCUAACCGCAGGGACACCAAAUUUUGGCGAGCGCUUCCAUAUGUCAAGAACGUUUCGGAAGCUGUUGGCCGCCUUCUCGCACCGCUGGGGGUUGGAGUUGCACACAGGCAGAGGCAACCAUCAGGCGUCAACUGAUGAAACCAAAAGACCCACUGCCACGGCUAGAAACGUCUGGAGUCGUUUAUCGGAUCUGGUGCAGUUGCGGACAAAGCAACUACGUCGGAGAAACCGGAAGGCAGCUCCGAACGCGAAUGGCCGAACACGCUGCAGCAGUGCGGAGAAAUGACACCAGCUCUCAAGUUGCGGCUCAUUCGACGGGUUCCGGCCACAAAUUCAAAUUUGACGAGGCCGAAAUUCUCGCAAGAGGUGACAACCGCGUGAGCCGGGAGCUGCUUGAGUCAUGGUUCACUGGCCCCCAGUCUAUUAACAAGUGCAAUGAUCUUCCCAUUCAAUACAGCGUGCUGAGACUUCGUCUAGGCGGAGAAAUUGGCCACGCGGGGAGCGCCCUGAUGAACACUCUUCCCAACACCCGGAUCAGCGCGUCAGAUGGUCGAGCAAUCAUCACACCAACAUCCAACGCACGUGAUGAAAUUGCAGCAAUUGACGACGCGAAUAUCGACCAUCACGCCACGUGCAACGAUCCCUGAUGAAGGGGAGGGAGCCGUGAACAUUCAUAGGUAUGCGGUGGCAUGGCUACGGCAUCCUAUAAAUACUGCAGCCACAUGUGCAUGAACCACCCUUAUCUGCUUAUGUCUCUGAUGAUGGAUUCGAGCAGGAAUCCGAAACGUCAGGCUAAUAAAGCUCUUGUCCCGGCGAUCGUGUCUUCUUCACGAUCGGUUAAGGCUUCUCUACCAAUGUUAAUAUACCCGAUCGCAACCGAGAGGACAGCGGGCUCGUGGGUCAAGGGCGUAGCGCUGGACCUAGCAAUAAAUGGCCGAAGAAUCCGAGUUCGAGUUUCCGGCGUUCUAUUCUGGUGUUGGAGAUGGCUGUAUGAUGACAACUAAUGGCCACUUCGCUCUACCAUGUCUUUGUCAGUCUCAGCAAAUGCUAUGCGCUGCCUGCGAAGGCUCCAGAUUGAACCCCAGACUACAAGAGAAUUAGCAUAUCCCGUCACCUGACCGGCUAAUACCAAUCUACCACAAUAAGUGAACAUUUGUGUUGACGUUCAGUAUUUCCGGGCAGAGAUGGCUGUUCCAGUCUCUCUCGUUAGAUUAUGUUACUUCUGCACGUUCCGAUAAAUAUCAGUCUAAAUGCUGUUUUCACCUCUUCCAACAUCCUUUAACCUCCAGCUUACUUCGGGUCCUUCACUAAUGCUACUCUUUGAGGACCAAACCUGUUACCUGUUGGCAAAACUGAACGUUUCAGGUUUGGAAACAAGUUGAAAAUCCUUUCGGUGUCAACAUCCUACAAUACUGUUAUUCCUUAAUUUAAGCUAGGGUUCAUCAAACUGAAGUAAACAUAAAAUUCUCGCUAAACAGGAACGUCUGUACGAUACUGGAAAGCUUGAAAAGCAGAUAGCUCGACAGGAUAAUUGCCGGAUACUGCCCACCCACCAUGACACGUUUAUCAUCCCCCCCCCCUCAGAUCCACAUCCGUUUUGGGAUUUUUCGAGCCUUGAGCCAACCCUGUACCAGCUUACCGAGACUAUCGAAAACUUGUGUUCUCAGAACUUUUCCCAGAAGACAAAUAUUCCCGAAACUGUAUGUACUGCCACCGAAACCGCAUUAAAACCCCAUUACGAAAGUUCCUUGCCUUCUAACCAGCUAAUUAUGCCGCCUACAAGGACACUGCGGCGUGUAUAUAUGCGCAUACUCUUCCAACCUGGUGAAAUGCUACUAUCCGUCCGUGGACUGAACAACUGGCUAUUAUUUGUCCUGCGUAUGAAGAAUUGAAUCUCCAGAGAUCCGAUUACCAGUUGGUUGGGAAGGUUGUCUCGCGGUGUACCAAAGAAAUCGGUGUUCUGCCGUUCUGCAGGCGUAUCCUGCAAUCGCCAAUCUUCGAGGUGACAGCAAACAUCGAAUUAUUAACCGUGUCAAGUUACUUUUAAAGAAACAACAGGUAAUAAUUACGUCUCACCUAGGAAAUGAUGACUUUAUUAACGUCGUUCCUAAAACCGGAUCUAGUUCUCAUAAACUUCUUCGCAUGAUUCAUUCUAAGCCCGCAGACUCCUGCCCUACCUACCCUCGCCCCUCUCCCUCCCUCCGCUCUCCGAUCCCUUCUACACCAACACCACGACGCCAUGGGGCAGGGCUUGCUAUAAUCCUGUCAUCAUUUGUGUUAUCACCUUUGCGCUAAUAACAGCUCUCCCUCUCUCGCUCUGCUUUUCCUGCAUACCCCUCCCCACUCCCACUACCCCAGCAUCUCUCGCUCACCGUGGGAAGAGGAGGUGGGCAGACAGACGGCAUGGGGAGGGUCCGGACAACCCGCUGGGUAUCCCCCACACGCAGUGUCUGAACAGGGGGUGCGAGCGGCAAUCACUUUUGCCUCCAGGGCAGCCCUCACAUCCCGACCUGGUGUUGCUGGGGCGCAUGGGCGAACGUGAGAUUGGGCCGACUUUGUGAGGAUUGGCGCUGGGAGAUGAACGAAGUUAAUCCCCUUCCCCGCCUCCCCCCUUACCGGCGCUAGCAGGAUGGACAAUCUUACAUGGCCGGGGGGGGGAGAGAAAGGAAAGGACGUCCCAUUUGUCAGAGUGCUGGGUAGAAAGGCGGUAAUUUGUCCCGCACACAGAUAACCAAAUUUGAUCUCCAUGUCUGGAUGUGCUGGGGGGAGGGGGUGGGGCGCCUACUGCCAACCCCCCACAGAGAUCUGCAUCGUCUGUUUCCCGCAGCCUAGCUCUCUGCGUGGGGAUCUGGGUUCAAGUUGACUGGUUGCACAUUCCUUAAAUCCAUGCUCAUCAACUCCCGGCGGCGGAAACGAGUCUGACGGCCGGAAGGCAAUCAGGGUCACGAUGUUUUCAAUGAUCAAGCACGUUUCUUGGCUGUAAAAUCAUUCGUGUCGCUGUAAUGGAAACACUUUACUUGAAGUGCAGAAUGUCGGGGGUCUAACGAUGAGAUUGGACCACUAUAAACUCUCGCCCUCUCUCUCUCACUUCUCUCUCUCGCUCUCUCUCUCUCUCUCACGCACACAACCUUUCUCUCUCAGAAUUUUGCUAGUUCAAUAGGCCCAUCUUGGUAGCGUUUAUCAGCCGCCAAAGCUUGCGGUUACCCAAGAUGAAGCAUUAAGCUCAAUUACAGUGAGUGAAAUGUUGGCUGAAAUUCUGAAAUGCGCUUUCGAUUAGGAAGAAUUACUCGGGCGCAGUUGCAAUAUUGAUUAUCUUGAGUAUAAUAUUUCAAACUCGGCAGGGUGUCAGCCUUUGAAUACACUGCUUCUCAAUCUCCUGUAAAAGCCGUACUUGGUAAAAAAUGAUUUUCGUUGAUCUUACAAAUUCAAAUGUAUUUUAUAGAAAACAGUCGUUUAAUGAACAAUCACGCCAUCUUGUUGUUUUAUCCUCAAAGAAGGAGUAUAAUUAGGUUUUAAAAAAAUUUUCUAAUAUCCUAAUAAUUCGGAGUCUGACCAGUCGUUAGAUUAGUGCUUAGGGAUUUCAGUCUACAAGGUGCAUGCGUUCCGCAUAAAUAAAAUCACAUAUGCAGCUAUGCCUUUAAAAAGAUUUCAUUGACAGCCCAUAAAGUUUUGCGAUGGAUGCGGGCUGUGUUGUGCAUUUCAUGCGGAACGGUGGUGAACGGACAGGUACGAUGCUAUAUGAAUGAACAUUGCGCGGUCUUAAAAAAUAUCAUAAUUAUAAACUUUUUUUAAAACCUAAUUGCACUCCUUUUCGAGUAUAAAAUAUAAAAAUGACAUGAUUCUCUGUCAAACGACUGAAAGAAAGCAUAUUUUUGCUCAUGGUGUCUAUAAGAUAUAUUUUAAUUAGCAAGACCAUAGAAAAUCAAUGGGGAAAAUGCAUGCUGCUUAAGUAGUCAUUUUUCACCAAGUACGGCUUCCACAGGAGAUUGAAAAGCAGUGUAUUCAGAACCUGACAUCCUGCCCAGUUCGAAAUAUUAGAGGAUUAUGCCGCAAGAUAAUCAGUAUUACCACCGCGCCUGAGUAAUCCUUCCUAAUCGAAAACGUAUUUCACAAUUUCAGCCAACAUUUAAUGAGAUCGGUCACUCACUGUAUGUUCAGAUUCUGGACCCAAAGGUCUGCGAGCAGGGUCAGCCAAACGUGGCUCUCUCGCAGCCCUGUGUGCGCUGGCAGUUCUCCAGUACCUUGUUUUCUGGCGGUAGAUGCGCCUGCGCAUUCCCGCUGGUCGUGUGCAUAGCUGCCCGGCCAUCGAUGUCCUUUCUGUUGUUGUUGUUGUUGCUGGUCAUAAUCCUGGUCAAAUAUUUGUGGUGGACAGGGAGUGUGGAGUGGAGCGCCAAGGUGCGGGUUCGGCUGCGCCAUUCACUUGCUACCUCCCCACCUCCGGUCUUCUUGGCUUUUUCUUGGCUCCAGGUCCUGGUGAGGAGGAGGAGGAGGAGGAGGAGGAGGAGAGUGUUCGUCCACUCUCACUAUAA